AAGCAGAACAACGGACAUCAUUAAGUUAUUAUUUCUUUUCUUUACUAAAGUUCAAGUAUCUUGUAAUCGAAGAUGAGCGGAAGAGGCAAAACCGGUGGCAAAGCGAGAGCGAAGGCCAAGACUCGCUCCUCCAGAGCAGGGCUGCAGUUCCCCGUCGGUCGUGUUCACAGACUUCUCCGUAAAGGGAACUACGCAGAGCGCGUCGGUGCCGGAGCUCCCGUCUAUCUGGCGGCUGUGCUCGAGUAUCUGACCGCUGAGAUCCUAGAGUUGGCUGGAAACGCCGCGAGAGACAACAAGAAGACCCGAAUCAUUCCCCGUCACCUGCAGCUGGCGGUGCGCAAUGAUGAGGAGCUCAACAAACUCUUGGGUCGAGUGACCAUCGCUCAGGGCGGCGUGCUGCCCAACAUCCAGGCCGUGCUGCUGCCCAAGAAGACCGAGAAACCCGCCAAAGCCAAGUAAACCAGAGUCCGCUCUGCUUCUCCAACACAAAGGCUCUUUUAAGAGCCACUCACUUCAUCUGACAGAGAGCGAUUUACUUUCGUUUUCGUUCAUGAUACACCAUGCAGACUACUUGAAAUAAAUAUAUAUACGUUCACUUACGUCCUUGAUUGUUUUAAUUGGACGUUUAUCAAACGUGAAUGGUGUAAAUCCAAUUUAUUUUGCUAGUGUGUCAAAGGUUCUGGAAAUAAUCAUGCAAGGUGUUUAUCUUGAUAAUAGUCAGCUUGGCUUGAAGUCUAUGAAGGAAGGUGUAGAACUGUACAAAAGUCAUAACUAGAUGUAUCGAUGCUUUUGAUCGCUCGUCAAAAUUAAGUAUUAAAAAUAUAAUAAAAUAUAUAAAAAAAGACUGUUAUAUUGUAAAAAAUUUUAUACUGCUGCCUUGUGGUUAGGUUUAAAAGAGAGUUCCGUGAAAGUUUCAGGAUGCUUACAAUGACUGUGUGAGGAUCCUGCUGAAAACACAAGAUGGAGCAGAGUAUGUGAUCUGUUGUGUAAGGAUAAAGUACGAUGCUUUCAGGCUUUAAUUAUACAUUUAUUCUCUGUUGGAUGAUUCACAGAAUGCUAUUAUGAUGCUGUUGUCAAAACUUAAAUCAUUUACCAAUGAGAAAGUGUUUUUUAUUUUAUUGUAACCGUAUUUUAUGUUUUGCUGA